ACCAUCAAUUCAACGUAUCUAUUACGCUCCGGCCGCCAAACUCUAUUUCAAAAUAAUUCAAAAUAUUACUUACGCUCCGCUUAUCUAACCCGAUCCAAACCCAUAGGUCCGUAUUUUUUUUUUUGAAAAUCCAUAGGUCCGUAUUGGCCAUCGGCAUUUCCGCAGUAAAAUGACCGACCAGGGCAAGAGGGCGUACUCGAAAAUGGUAGAGUGAAUCAGCUUCUUUUCUGCCAUUGCUAUUUCACUUUUAGGGUUGAAACCAUUGUCUGAUAGUCAGGGAGAGAGUCCAUUUCACUGCAAUUCAAAGCAAGGGCUGUGAUAAGAUCUGGUUGCUUCAAAUGCAAUCCAAACCCUAGACCCCCAUACCCCGUAAAACCUUACGAAAUCCAUUCCCCUGGAAUUUACGUUUCAUUAUCAUCUGUCCGUUGUGCCGUUUCUCUCUCUACAUCCCCCUCCUCAAUUAAUCGCACCCUCUUUCAAAAUGGCUCCUAAGAGCCAGAACAAGCCGCCUGUACCUCGCACACCUUCCACCCCUUCCAACCAGGGGAAGCUGAACACGGAUGAGGUGUCCAUAGACAAGAGGAGAAAGAUCGGUGUUUCAAAGAUGCCUUCUUCAACAGUUGGUGUUAGACGAGGUCGACAGGCUUUUGCUGUGGUGAAUGGGAAUGCGGAUCCUCCUUCAACUAGUGGGCCGCCAAGUAGUGCAGGCUCAGAUUGUGGAGUUAUAGAGUUCAGCAAAGAAGAUGUUGAAGCAAUCCUUGCUGAAAGGCCAGAACUUAAGAACAAAUUUAAUAUUAAGGCAAAGUGCGAGCAAAUGAUAGAAUAUAGUAAAAGGCUUAGACAGUGUAUUAAGUGGUUCCAACAGCUCGAAGGAGCACAUGUUACUGAGCAGGAGUCACUCAAAAGCCUGUUAGAAUCAGAAGAGAAGAAGUGCAAUGAGAUGCAUAUGCUAAUGAAAUCGAAGGAAGAAGGACUGAACGCAACCAUUAUGGAGCUAACGAAUCGUAUUAUAUUGUUAGAGAAGAAUCUGGGGAAGGAGGAAAUAGAAAAAGCGGAAGCCCUUGGUUCGUUAUGUAGAGAAAAGGAUGCAAGAUUAGCAGCAGAGAAGCUGCAAGUAUCACUCUCAGAGGAGCUAACGAAAGCUCAACAGGAAUACAAAAAUGCUGUUCAGCAGAUUGAUUCUCUAAACUACAAACUCAAGUGUGUAGAAGAGUAUAACGAAAAUUUAAAGCAAUUCAGUAGCGGGCUUCAGUCUGAGAAGGCUGCUACUAAGGAGACACUCAAGCGGUUGGAAGAUGAGAAGGCUGCUUUAGUGGAAAACCUCAGCACAUUGAGGGGUCACUAUAUAUCUUUGCAGGAACAGCUUUCAUCUUCCAAGGCUGUUCAAGAUGAGGCCAUAAAACUAAAAGAAGAUCUGCAUAACUUGAGGGUUGCCCAUGACAAUCAACUAUCAAAAGUCAAAAUUUUAGAACAACAGGUGGCACAAUACAAAGAAUGCACCGCAAAAUCUUCUGUGGAGUUGGACAACCUUACUGUCAGGUCAAAAGACCUGGAGGAAAUAUACUCGUCUCAAUGUGAACAAAUAAGAAGAUUGCAGGAACAACUCACUUUAGCUGAAAAAAAGUUACAGGUAUCUAACAUGUCAUCAAUGGAAACGGUGUCUGAAAUUGAAAAGCAAAGGCAAGUUAUAGACGACUUAAAGCAGCGUCUUACGGAGGCAGAAGAAAAAAUUGUGGAUGGUGAAAAACUGCGAAAAAAAUUGCACAAUACUAUUCUGGAAUUAAAAGGAAAUAUUAGAGUGUUCUGUAGGGUGCGGCCUGCUCUAUCUGAUGAUGCUGUAACUGCAGAAAAGGUUGUAUCUUUUCCAACAUCAACCGAAGCACUUGGACGGGGCAUUGACUUGUUACAUAAUGGGCAAAAGCACUCGUUCACAUUUGACAAAGUGUUCGUGCCCGAAGCCUCACAGAAAGAUGUUUUUGAUGAGAUAUCACAGCUUGUACAGAGUGCUCUUGAUGGCUACAAGGUAUGUAUAUUUGCAUAUGGCCAAACUGGUUCUGGCAAAACUUACACAAUGAUGGGAAAUCCAGGGUCCCUGGAUCAGCAAGGGUUGAUCCCACGCGCAUUGGAUCAGGUAUUUCAGACCAGGCAAAGCCAUCAAGCUCAAGGAUGGAAAUAUGACAUGAAGGUAUCUAUGCUUGAAAUAUACAAUGAAUCAAUACGGGACCUUUUGUCUCCAAACCGGUCGAGUUUUGAUAAUGGAGCAAAGAUAACUGACAUAAAACACGAUGUGAAUGGCAAUACACACGUAAAAGACUUUACUAUCGCGGAUGUCUGUAGCACCAAGAAUGUUUCAGACCUUCUAGAAAAAGCAGCACAAAGCAGGUCAAUUGGGAAGACUCAGAUGAAUGAGCACUCUUCAAGAAGCCAUUUCGUGUGUACUCUCAAAAUAUCUGGUGUUAAUGAAAGCACGGAGCAGCAAGUACACGGUGUUCUGAAUCUAAUUGACCUUGCGGGUAGUGAGCGCCUAUCCAAAAGUGGGGCUAUUGGGGACAGACUAAGGGAAACUCAGGCUAUCAAUAAAAGUUUAUCAUCCUUGAGCGAUGUUAUUUCUGCACUGGCAAAGAAAGACGAGCAUAUUCCAUUUAGGAAUUCUGCGCUUACAUAUCUUCUCCAGCCAUGUUUGCUCGGGGACUCAAAGACCAUGAUGUUUGUGAAUGUUUCGCCUGAUCCCGCUUCGACUUCGGAAUCGCUGUGUUCUCUGCGCUUUGCAGCAAAGGUGAAUGCUUGUGAAAUUGGGGUCCCAAAGCGUCAAACUAGCUCGCGAAUUUCGGAUUCUCGCCUGAGCUUUGGCUGAUGGAUAUUUCAUUAAUAAAUAUACUCGAGAUAUGUGUUUGUGCUACUGCCUUGCGGGCACCGUUGUAUUGAGUUGUGUUAAGAUGUGUAAUGCGGUUUUGAGUCUUCUCUAAUCUCCAUUAACAACUUCCCCUUGUAUUGUGUACAGUGGAGCAGAAACUGGCUUUGUACCAAAAUCCCUCCCACCCCAAACACAUUUUUUCAUAGCGGUAGUAUCUCCUAUUACAGUAUUACUCAUUUGGAGUUGUGACAAAUAUUUAUGACCUUUAUAUAUUAAUUUUUUUAAUACUAG